ACCGGCGGGACUGACCGCCGCGAGGCGCGAGGUGAUGUUCCACGCCGCGCGGCCUUCGAGGCCGACGGCCGUGUCCGCGAAGCGCGGCUUCCCACAACUCUGCGGCGGACGCAUGGCUGAGCUUCUUCCUCGACCCUCGCCGCAUCCGUUUCCUCCUCCUCCUCCUCUCGCCGCGGGCGGGACCAUCGUGCGGGUGCGCGGCGAGGCGGAGGUGGCCCGUGGGCGACGCGAAGGGGGCGGUGACGAAGAGGACCACGUGGAGGUGGCGGUUCCGGUUGCGGCGGGAGGGGAUGAUGUCGCGGUAUCCGGCGGUUUGGUCGGGGACAGCGCGGCGGGGGUUUCUGACCUGGUUGCUCUGGAGGAGAGGGGAUGCGGAGGCGGUGAACUAGAGAGGAAGAGGGGUUUGAAGUUCCCGGCGCGUCCGCCGCCCAAGCGGAGGGCCGUGUCCGCCGUCCGACGGUUUCCACCUGGCUGCGGGAGGGACGGGCCGCCUCUGAUCGUGGGCUGCGACCACGACGUUUUGCCGGUUGGAACCGCACCUUCCCGUGGUGCUCGCCCCGCGGGCAGCGGUGCCAGAGAGGAGGGUGGCUUGCCGCUGCAAGCUGCCCCUGCCAAUGCUGGUGUGCGUGUGUUGGAGAAGGUGACGGCUUCUGAUGGUGGCGCUCCAGUGUCAGAUGGGGAUCGUCGUGGUCCAGAGGCGGCGCCGGUGAAAUCUUCGGAUGGCACAGAAAGAGGUGCCAGUUUGGUGAUGAAAGACAGGGGGAGGACAUGGCCAAUCUCGCGAUUGCUACCGAAGCGCAGGAUGGUAUCUGCCAACCGCCGCUUCCCUCCAGGCUGCGGGAGGGACGCGGUGGUACCACUUGCAAGCAGAGGAGGUGGUGAGGCUAGUUUGCAGUUGGAAGCCCUGCCUUCUGCUGGUGAUUUGGGUGCAUUGGUGGACGGCCGGUGUUCCAAUCUGUUUGCCAUGGACACUAUAGAAGCGGUCAGCAAGAAUGCUUUGGAUGCAACAGUAGACGUACAAGAACUGGAGGAUGGUGAGAUUCCUCCGGAGCCUGAUCAUGUCCUCGAAGAGUUACCAGUUACUCACAGCAAUAGCCUGCAUGAGCUUACAGCUGAUAGACUUGAGUGUGUGUCAAUUGUUGCUGACGAACCUUCCGUGGGGCUUUUUCCUAAUGAGAAGAUCUCUGUGAACAUGCUGCAGCACAAGGGGAAGAGUGUAUCAUGGGAAGUUGCUGAAGAUCUCAAGGCGAUGAACAAAAGCGAAGGCAGUUCACCCAAGGCUGCUAGUAAACCUUCUGCUCAAGGCCCUCUGAAAGAAUAUCUUGGGGACACUACAGAAGCAGUCUGCAAGAAUGUUUUGGAUGUAAUAGUAGAGGUACAUGAACUGGAGGAAGGUGAGAUUCCUACGGAGCCUGACCAUGUCCUCCAAGAGAACCCAGUUACUCGCAACAAUAGCCUGCAUGACCUUACAGCUGGUAGACUUGAGUGUGUUGUGCCGUUAAUGGUUGAUGCGGAACCUUCUGUGAGGCAUUUUUCUAAUGAGAAGAUCCCUGUGAACAUGAUGGAGCACAAGGGGAACAGUGUAUCAUGUGAAGUUGCUGAAGCUCUCAAGGUGAUGAACAAAUGUGAAGGCGAUUCACCCAAGGUUGCUAGUAAACCUUCUCCCGAAGAUCCUCUGAAAGAAUAUCUUGGGGAUGAGAAAGUGUCUGAAAGUUGUAGCAUGAUAAGUGCAUCUCUUGAUGUGGUGGCAGGGGUACAUGGCGAUGGUAUCAUGAGACGUAUGGUAACAUUCACAGCUAGAAAACCUUCUCCUGAAGAAGGCAAUUCACCCAAGGGUUCUAGUAAACCUUCUCCUGAAUAUCCUCUGAAAGAAUAUCUUGGGGAUAAGAAAGUGUCUGAAAGUCGUAGCAUGAAAAGGGCUUCUCUUGAUGUAGUAGCAGGGGUACAUGGCGACGGUAUCAUGAGACGUAUGGGAACAUUCACAGCUAGAAAAACUUCUCCUGAAGAAGGCAAUUCACCCAAGGGUGCUAGUAAACCUUCUCUUGAAGAUCCUCUGAAAGAAUAUCUUGGGGAUAAGAAACUGCCUGAAAGUUGUAGCAUGAAAAGGGCAUCUCUUGAUGUGGUACCAGGGGUACAUGGCGACGGUAUCAUGAGACGUGUGGUCACAUUCACAGCUAGAAAAGCAUCUCGGUUACCUGUUGAAGCAAAUCAUAAGUCCAAGCUGGUUAAUCUAGAUAGACCGUGUUCUAUGGGGAAGGAGAAGCAGUCUGUUGUCACUAUGAGCGAAUCCUUUGCUCCCAGGAAGAAGUUAAAGAUAAAAGGUCCAGCUCAAAGUAAAUAUCUUCCCAUGAAUACCAUUUCUACAUCUGCAUUUCAUAGCAAGGAAAAGUUGAAGCAUGAAGAGGCUUCCCACUUGGAAGAUGAUGAAGUUUUGAAUGCAAUAGCUGUUCAUGAAGGAAAGCUUGAGAUGUACCUCAAUGAUCCCUCAUGGCGUCGCAUGCAACAGGGUGGCCAGGCCACUGAUGCUCGGAGCAAAGUCAGGAUGAUUUGCAGAAGGUUUCAGUUUAUAUGCAGGACUCUCGUUCAAGCUGUGGAACAAGGUUCGCUGAAGAGCCGUAGAAUUGAUCUUGCCGCUGAUAAACUAAUCAGAAAAUUACCGGGCUUUACCAAACACGGACCUAUCGUGGGUAAAGUUGCUGGUGUUGAAAUUGGUGAUGAAUUUUUAUACAGAGUAGAGUUGGCCAUUGUUGGCCUUCACCGACCGUACCAAGGAGGCAUUGACACCAUGAAGGAUAUUAAUGGUAUGCUUAUUGCCAUAAGCAUUGUUGCGUCUGGAGGUUACCCUGACGACUUGUCGAGCUCAGGUGAAAUAAUAUACACUGGCUCCGGAGGAAAGCCUGCUGGCAAAAAAGAGAACGAGGAUCAAAAGCUUUUGCGUGGGAACCUUGCCCUGAAGAAUUGUAUCAAAACAAAGACGCCUGUCCGAGUAAUUCAUGGUUUUAAAGGUCCAAAUAGAGAGGAAGGUAGUCAUUCAAAGGCCAAAGAAGUCUCAAUAUUUACUUAUGAUGGGCUCUAUCAUGUGGUGGAGUGCUGGCAAGAAGGUCUACCGGGUUCAAGGGUCUUCAAAUACAAGUUGCGAAGGAUUUCUGGACAACCAGAGUUACCUUUGCAUGUUGCUAAAGGGUUGAGAAAGUCCGUAGCGCGUCCUGGCCUGUGCAUAGCCGAUAUAUCACAAGGGAAGGAGAAGACCCCCAUCUGUGUGAUCAAUAAUAUUGAUAAUGCACGUCCAGCAUCAUUUAAAUACAUCACUAGAAUCAAAGGUACAUCCUUAACUGCAAAAAGAAGUCAUCACGGUUGUGACUGCACCGAUGGCUGCUCAGAUUCUGCUAAAUGUGCUUGUGUUGUGAAGAAUGGAGGAGCAUUCCCAUAUAACUUCAAUGGUGCAGUUGUCCAUGCAAAGCCCCUCAUAUAUGAGUGCGGUCCAUCCUGUAGGUGCCCUCCUUCAUGCCAUAGCAGGGUCAGCCAGCAUGGUAUGAAAAUACCACUGGAAGUAUUCAGAACAACCAAGACAGGUUGGGGAGUAAGAUCCCUAAGGUCCAUCUCUCCUGGCAGCUUUAUAUGUGAGUAUGUUGGCGAGCUGUUGGAUAGCGACGAAGCUAACCAGAGAAUGAAUGAUGAAUAUUUGUUUGACAUAGGACAUAACUAUGAUAUUUGGAAAGGGAUGGAAUCAAUUCUUCCAGGUUUGAGUUCGUCUGACCCUCGCUCUGUGACCAUGGACGAUGAUAAGGGCUUCACAAUAGAUGCAGCUGAGUAUGGUAAUAUUGGAAGAUUCAUCAACCAUAGCUGUUCACCAAACCUCUACGCACAGAAUAUUCUUUGGGACCAUGACGACAAAAGAGUCCCGCAUAUCAUGCUCUUUGCUGCUGAGAAUAUUUCACCACUACAGGAGCUGACUUAUGACUAUAAUUACGAAAUAGAUCAUGUUCGUGACAUGAAUGGCGAAGUAAAAGUCAAAUACUGCCAUUGUGGUUCUCCACAGUGCCGCAACAGGCUUUAUUAAGUCAUGGAAGGCUGUUAAUGCUAGAGUGGUUUUCCUUUCCAAGAAAAUCCUUUGGAAUGCUGUUGCCUCCUCUUUCAACCUUGUCAUCGGGAUCCUAGUAAAUAAUAUAGUAGUGUGUAGAUAGUGCGAAGUGUUCAUAUGGGUAAAGACCAAAGAGGUUGUGAUUCUGUUAUACUGUUGUCCACCUAGUACGGAACCUCAUGAUUUGUACAAUUUCCUUGUGAAUUGCCUGGAAAUGGAGUCUGUGCAACACCUGUUCUUCGAUUGUGUGGUUGCUAGAUGUGUUUGGAGGCUCUUUGCUGAUUCAUUUCAGGCAUGCUAUAUAUCUUGUUUUAAUGA